CAGACAGCUGUCGGUCUUUUAGAGAAAAAAGGUGAGCUGCUGAAAAAUGUAAUACGGGCGGAGUGAGAAAAUAUUUAAAUGGAGAGGUUGUCUGCUUUAUCCCAUCAGUGGUCCUUCGUGUCGCUGGUAGUAUUUAGUGUGAGGCGGCAGGUAAUAUUGUGUUACUGGGUGGCAGCCUGAAGGACAGGUAGCUGUAGUCUACAGCUAACUUGAUUGCUGCCAAUCUGAGCAUUAUACCCCGAGAGGAAAAGUGGCAAGUUGUUGAAUCCAGUCAUUUACUGCUUUGAGUGUUGAUCCACAGGGACCAGCAAAGGUAACAAUGGAAGUCCAGCAAACAGGAGUCCCUGGCAGUAAACUUUUAACUGACUGACUGAUGCACCCCGCUUUCAGAUAUCCAAGAACUGCACAUGUCGCACAGGUGGAAUUGCCACUUAAACUGAAAAGCAAGCGGACAGAAAAGGAGACUGACACACUUGAAAGGUUGUCUACAGCAUCCGUCCGGCUCAGCAGGCUAGGAUAGACUAAAGAAUAAACUCUGCUUCCCAACAUUAAACUGUGACAGAGCUAAAGAAUAUAAUCUGCUUCCCAGCCUGAGCUCGAAAAAAGCUGGUGAGAUUCUGGAAGCAGAGGGGUAUUUUCAAAUAAUAUAAGGAAUUAGCAUCCUCAUUAGAAUCAUGAUGAGGGAGUUGCCUCCAGAGUAUCAAACCUCUGCGCUCUGGAUCUUCGGCUAUGGUUCACUGGUAUGGAAACCCGAUUUCGAGUACACCUCAUGCAAAGUGGGCUUCAUUCGGGGCUACAACCGUCGGUUUUGGCAUGGAGACACCUUUCACAGAGGCAAUGAGAAAAUGCCUGGCCGUGUGGUGACACUUGUGGAAGAAUGUGAUGCUUGCACAUGGGGAGUGGCCUAUGAGAUACGAGACCACCAAAUUGCUCCAGCUUUAGAUUACUUGUGCAUCCGGGAAAGCAAGCGUGGUGGCUACAAGACCCAGUUGGUAGAGUUUAUCCCAAGGGAGGAAGAGGUGGACUGUGAUGGUAUCAACAUCAUGGCACUGGUCUACAUUGCAACACCAGAGAACCCUAUUUAUUUGGGCCCAGCACCACCUGAACAGAUAGCUGCUGAGAUUGCAAUAUCCAGGGGACAAUCUGGACAUAAUCUUGAAUACCUUAUAAGACUUGCAGACUUUAUGAGACUCUUUUGUCCUGAUGUAGAAGAUGACCACUUGUUUGCCAUUGAAGCAGCAGCUAUCACCAUUCUGCCUUACCUUUAUGAUACAGAACUGUCAUUUCCAUUACUGUCCGUGAUCAACUUCCCAGACACUUCUUCAAAAGGGCAAGCAGCCACUCUCAAGAAACAGACUGAACAUUCCACUUUUGUUGAACGAGCAACAGGGGCUGAUAGUUUGUCAAGAAGUAUCUGUCUGUCAUCUUAAAAUUAGUAUUUGCACUUUAGCUAGGGCACAACCAACUAAAACCACUAUUACACUACAUGUUCCAUUGCCUUUAACAUAAGUGAUCAUUGCAGGAUUAGCCAGUAAAGGUCACUAGGAGUUGCCUUGCUUCUUUAGUCCCUUUUGUUUUUCAGCUAAAGCAAACCCAAAUGUACACGGAUGAAUUCAAAAGGUUCUAGUACCAAGUGGAGAGUGAAUGCCAGAGAGGUUAUAGCAUGUUACAUACAAGAUGGCAAUGGCGGUGCUAAACUAGUUGGUUUUCACAUAGAUUAAUAUUAGAUGUAAUUUUAAUAAAAAUACAGGGUGGAGAGGUGAGCCUCCCUGCACCAAAUGUCUAGUUAGCUGGUGUUAUUGUGGAAACUUUGUCCUUAGUUUGUCCUACUUUUAGCGUAAACUGGCUACACUUCACCUAAGCUGUAACUGAAGUAGCAGAGGACAGGUUAUGCUUAUAGGUAGUAUAUUGUUACUUACAAACAGCUAAGUGUUAUGCUGCAUAACACAAUGGGUCUUUGGUCCAGUACUUGUGCAGUUAUGAAACUGAAAUAAGUAAAUAACAAUUCAGACACAUGUAGUGUGCCCAAGGAAGUUCCUCCAAGGUGUUAAACUUCUGGUAAUUGCAGGCAACAGUUUUGAAUAGUUUCCUGUACAAAGGCGUGCAACACUAGGUGGAAGAGAACAUUCAGUACAUGAUUAGUUUUACUAACAUUCUCAUUCCAGUAAACUGCUUACCACAGACUCCUAAUCUGAGGGCACAUGAGGAUGACCUUUGUAUUGCAGCUUUACAUAAUAUGUACUCAAGUAUUUGCGUCUAUUUUUAUUAUAAAUAAAUUCAUGUAUUGUGAUAUGAGUGUUUCCAUUAUAUCAGUGGACAGGAAUGUUUCUUACAGGAGUACAGCCAAAAUUUUCAGAAGUGUAUUUCAGGUUCCCAUGCUUCUGAACCCCCUCACCCCGACACCCUUCUCUAUGUCAAUUGGACUUUUAGUCUGUGAUAAUAUUCAUCUUAUGCUUUCACUGGUGCAAUGCACAUACCAAGUUAUGGACUAAAGACUUGUACUGGAUAGUUAAUUAUCAUAUAACAUUUUGGGCAGUUAACUUCUUUUGCUGGCUGUCAUAUAUAUAUACUUUUCAUUCUAUUAAUGCAAACUUCUUGAAUUAGUAAGCCGUAUGUAAAAUUUCUAACAAAAGGAUUACAGAAAAGUGAGUUUUUAUCUUACUGAAUGGUUCUUAGCCUUUUUUACAGAAGUUAGUGGCACACCUGUACACAUUUAUCUACAGAGCUAUUUUUUUUCCGAGUUAAAUGUACUGCAAACAGAGAAGGGGUAGAAUGAAUCCCUUAUAAACAUAAUUGAAAGUCUUGACUUAUACUUGAAUUAUAUUAAGCAUGAAUGAAAAUAAUGCACAGAACUCAUAUUGUCUAUGUUGGUUUGUCAUAUUUGUUGAUGGAUUCAAAAAUAAAUGUCACCUUAAUGACCUGUUACCGACAGAUGACACUAGGAAAAACAUAUUGCACGUCACUGACUAAAUGGAAAACAAGGCAAACCGAUUCUGUGAUGUAGGGUUUUAUGUUAGGUUUGCCUUCUAAAUGCAUUGCAUUCUUUCAUAAACUGAAUUCCACCUUCCCCUCCUGAAAUCACUAUUUCCUUUCCAGUCAAUCUGAAUUGUCUAAUGUGCACAGUGGAAUAUUAAAAAUUAUGAUGUAUUAAAACCCUACCAAUUAAAUCAUAAUUUAUAUUAGCAAGUACAUCACAACGCAACUACAUCCACAAAGUAAUGCUUUUGAUUGGGGGGGGGGCACUGUGAGUCAUUGAACAUGACAAAAACAACCAAGUGCCAAUAAAAGAAAGAGGGGUGAGGGGACAGAAAAUGAUCAUCAUAUGCUUUAUAAAAUAUUAUAAUAUGCGGGGACAGGGCGUGAUCAUCAUAUGCUAUAUAGAGUAUUAUAAUAUGAGCCCUGAUACCAAAUUCAGAUUAUUCUCUUUCCUAGCUCGGAACUUUCAUGCUAGCUGACUAACUCCCAGGUUUUGCACAAAAAGUCUUCAUUGUUAUGUAAGUCAUUCAUUUGUAAUGUACUUAGGUAGUGUAUGUAAUUCCUUUCUCUAUGUUGUGUUUUGUGCUAUGGUAGUGACAUCAGCUUUUUUGUUGUGUUGCAGUAGAAACAUCACUUUAGCACAUCUUAGUAUUUCGCUACAUAGCUGCCUCAUACUGAGCGGCCAAACAUACGGAACAGCUGUGGUCACAAAACACUACUGGCCUUUACUUUGGAGAACUGCAGCCAUCAGUCGUUUUGCAUAGAAAGCCUUACAAAGAAUGCAAGUAUCUUUGUGUUCACCAUAGAAAGCUGAAUGCCCACUCGAGUUUCUCUGAUUUUUUUUUUGCUUCAAAAAAUGCAGACAUUCUCUAUAAUUCUCUAGAUAUUUAUUUUUUUAUGUUUACAGUAUCAAUUACUUGUGCAAAAAGUCACAACGCUAACUUUUUUUGUAGGCUAAAGCAGGUCAUGCUCUCUCCUACUUGAAAGUGGAGGUCCCUUAAGUUCACUGUAGCAUGUGUAAUUUAGGUCUGGUGAAGUCUGGGCUUUUAUUUGUAGCACAACAGAAGCUUAAGGAAUCAGCCUUAGGUUAUUUUUAAUUACUCUCAGAGAAUCUUUCCCAAGAAAAACAUGACAUAUUACAGGAUAAAGUGAGAGCGACUUACACCAAGACUGAAUGCAUGUUCUUAAUACUGCAGGCUACAGAGACAAGCAGCUAAAUGAAGAUGUUUUAAUGGAUAUGAAAUGAAAUCAGAAAGAAUAUAUCCUGCAUAACAGGCUAAUUGUUUUAGUUCCUUUUCCCUUAACUGUACCUUUGUGUUGUUUGCACCAGGUUCACCAGUGUUUUUGUUUGUUUCAUAAACUGUUUACAUGUCCGUCAUUAAUUUAUAUGGGAAACGCUACUGUAAAUACAUUUUCUGUUAACAUCACCAGUACUGUAUUAAUUAUUUUUAGCCUGUCUGACUGCCCUGUAUUUUACUGUCUCCUUCCUUCCCUCUUGCAUACCAUGCCAUCCGAGUCUUUGGAAUGUUAAUAAUUCUGUUUGCCUGAUGGUGGUUUACAUGACCUUUAUUUCCACUGCAGUAGAAACAUGUGACAGUGUGAACUUAUGUCAAAAAGCAUAAGCUGUGUUCUGUGAAUACUUGUCCAAAAAAUGUAUUUUUUAAUUUAUUUUUUGUAUUACACAAUAUUAUGUAAUAAAGUUAUAUUUGUAAGGGAA